AUGUCUCGCCGUACCUCGGAAGGGAAACACGUCGAACUUCAAGAUGUCAACGAAGCAUCGGUUGAGAAGCAUCCCGUUCGCUGGUACCAUAGCACCUUCUACAAUGCCACCAUUCUCGGCUUGUGCAAUUUCGCGGCGCCGGGGAUAUGGGGUGCCAUGAACUCCCUGGGCGCGGGCGGCGCGCAGAAGCCGUAUCUGGUCAACACGGCGAAUGCACUGACGUUUUGUCUCAUGGUUGUUUCGUGCUUCUUUUCGUCCAUCCUCACAAAGUACAUCGGCAUCAAGGGAGCAUUGAUAUUCGGAACGCUGGGCUACGCACCCUACGCGGCGGGGCUGUACACGAACAACCGGUUUGGAACCGAGUGGCUCGUACUUGUCGGAGCUGCCCUUUGCGGAAUCAGUGCCGGGGUGUUCUGGGCAGCCGAGGCGGCCAUCGCGUUGGCAUACCCCGAACCAUACAACAGGGGCCGAGUGCUGGGAUACUGGUUGACAUAUCGACUUGGAGGUCAAAUCCUGGGCGGCGCCAUCAACCUGGGCCUCAACUCAGAUCGCGAUCAGGCGGGAAAGGUCAGUUACACCGUGUACCUGAUCUUCAUCGCGUUGCAGGCUUGCGGCCCCUUUGUGGCGCUGCUCCUCAAUCGUCCGAGCAAGGUGGAGAGGACGGAUGGAGUCAAGGUCGACCUGAGCAUCUUCAACCAUCCGUGGCUGGAAGUUAAAUUGAUGACCAAGACGUUCUUCAACAAGAAGUUUCUGUUGCUGGUGCUGUUCAUUGGACAAGCAGUGUAUGCUGAAGCCGUCUUCUUCACCUACCUGUCACUCUGGUUCAGUGUGCGCGCAAGGGCGCUCGGCUCAUUCCUCUCCGGCAUCAUUGCCGUGACUUGUGGAAACCUUCUCGGAGCCUGGCUUGACCGGACAGCGAUCAACUUGAAGACGAGGUCCCGAGUCGCGUUCGCGGUCAUAGUGACUCUGCAAGGUGCAUGGUGGAUCUGGGCGACGGUCCUGGUAACGCGGUUCCGUCACACCCAGCCAAGCUAUGACUGGAGUAGUAGCGGAUUCGGCCACGCAUUUGCCCCGUACUUGCUGUUGACCGCAGGCUUCCAGAUCAACUACCUGUUCUGCUACUUCCUGAUGGGUCAGUUGGCAAUCGAUCCGGGCGAGGUCAUCCGGUAUGCCGCAUUGCUGAGGGGAACGGAAAGCGCGUGGCAGGCGGUGAGUUAUGGGCUGAACUCGAUCACGAUCUUCGCUCAGGUCGGCGGCGUGUACAUCAACUUCGGACUGUGGGCUGCUGCGCUAUGGCCUGCUUGGUUGGUCGUUAGAGAUUUCGGCAAUGACCACCUCGCCGCGGCUGUGUUGGCUUGUGUUGGCGACAGGGCAGUUGCCCAGUCACGUGAGUGUUGCCUGGAUGGCUGCCUAGCCUCACUCUUGGCGCUACCCACCAAUCGGCUGCCUAGUUGGAUUUCUGUCAUUGUUUCAUAG